AUGGACUGGGGAACUCUGCAGGCCAUUUGAGGAGGCGUAAAUAAACACUCCACCAGCAUCGGGAAGAUAUGGCUCACAGUCCUGUUCAUCUUCCGUAUCAUGAUCCUGGUUGUGGCUGCAGAGAGAGUCUGGGGAGAUGAACAACAAGAUUUUGUCUGCAACACGCUUCAGCCUGGUUGCAAGAAUGUUUGCUAUGAUCACUUUUUCCCCAUCUCUCACAUCAGACUCUGGGCCCUGCAGCUGAUCUUUGUUUCCACGCCUGCGCUGCUGGUGGCCAUGCAUGUAGCUUACAGGAGGCAUGAGAAGAAAAAGCGAUUCAGAAAUGGUGAGAAAAUUGAUAUCGAAGAGCUGAAAAAUGAAAAGAUUCACAUUCGGGGCCCACUGUGGUGGACGUACACCAGCAGCAUCUUCUUCAGGAUAGUCUUUGAAGCCGUCUUCAUGUACAUGUUCUAUUACAUGUACGAUGGGUACCAGAUGCCUCGCCUGGUGAAGUGCAAUGCAUGGCCCUGCCCCAACACAGUGGAUUGUUUUGUUUCUCGACCCACUGAGAAAACCACAUUUACUAUUUUCAUGCUUGCUGUGUCUGGGAUCUGCAUGAUGUUGAAUCUGGCUGAGUUGUGUUACCUAAUGAUAAAAAUUUGCAUGAAAGAAUCAAAGAGAACAACAGCUUUAAAAUAA